GUGACAACAAUAAGAUAGUUUGGUUGAUGAUUAUUUAUUUUAAUUUGGGAUAAAAGAUAAAAUACUUGAGUUUCUCUUUUUCAUCUUUCAGCUAGUGCAGAGAAUUUAUAUACCAAUCCAAGGAUAUCUCCCUGGGAAGAUGUCUGCUGCUUCUCUUGCAUGACAGAGGCAUGAAGAAAGCAAGGUGAACAACUUUGAUGGAGAAGUAGAAAUGGAGUGUACCCGUAAAGCACUUUCUUUGGCUAUAGUUUUCAACCAAGGAUAAGUUGGUGAGGUUGACCAAAAAAGACAUCACAAAGAUACACCAUUGUUGCUGUGGCAAGACUUGGUUGAAUUCACCUCUGUCAGCAUGGCAUCAAAGCAUCCUAAAUUAAUUAGAACUGCAGGAUACAGAGACAAAUUAACUAAACUCCAGAUUCUGCAGAGCUCUUUGAAAUGGCACCACGUGGACUGCAGGGCCUCCAGUCUAUUGGAUGCAUACUCAGGCGUGUUGUGUCAUCAAGCCAUGAUCCUAUCCAUGAACUCCAGCUUUGUGGAUCCCUUACUACAAUUUAAAUCUCAACUGAAGAUAAUAAAGUCAUCUUUUCAUAUGGUGUUUUCUAUGCCAACUAUGGACAAAGUAAUAGAAAUGGGGAAAAGUGAAGAUGAUGAAGAGGACCUAGAGAAUUUAUACCUUAGUAUUUUAAACAUCUUUGAGGACAUUCUUCUGAUCUUAGUGUCUAAAGACCUCUACAAACUGCAACUCUUAAAGGAAAUGAUCACAUGGAUGAAUACAGAUAGGUCGUACAUGCAGGAACGAGUGGUGGCCAUCAUCAGCAGGGUGCUAAGUUUUGCCUCCAGAAAAGUGAGGGAAUGUGCAAGUGUUGACGUGCCAUGUUUGGGUGUACUGGCAACAGAACUAUCUCUUUUGUGUUCCCAUCCUGAUAGUUCAAUCACACAGCAAGCAUCCUUAGGAAUGUAUCACCUCCUCUGUAUUGCAAAGUGCCAGAAUGCGGAUAUUGCAAAAAUUAAAAUUGCAAACUAUACUAAGACUGGAUAUCACUAUAUCCUGCCUUCUCUGUCUGAUAUGGAAUUCCUACCCAAUAUCUUGCAACAGGACAAAAGUAAAAUUGUUCAGAAUUUAGGACUGAGCCUACUGCCACCCAUGCUGACUGAUUUUGUGUGGGGCCUCCUGAGGAGACUUUCUGCACCUGAUAAUUUAAUAGCCUCUGAGGCAGCGACUCUCCUGACAUUAACUCUGGAAGAACACGCCCACAAGGUCACCAAAGUGUCUAAGAUCGUAGAUUCUAUUUAUAAGCAAUUGCGUGAAAAUCCUUAUCACAGCAAGAGGCAUGCCAUGUUGCAAGUUGUCACCUUGCUGACACGCACUUCACCGAAAAAGGUCAUCUUUCAGCUUAUGGACUACCCAGUACCAGCAGACAACACCUUGAUACUGAUGUGGCAGGCAGCUGGUUCCGAGUCAAGUGUGGCCCCUCACGUGCUAAAAACCAUCUUGUUGAUACUGAAAGGAAAGCCCGGGGUAAUGACCAGGACUUCGAUAGAAAGAAGAUAUUUCUCUCUCAGUGCUACCAACAUGAUGCCUGUGGCGGCAUCCCAGGCUCUGUGCACAUUGCUGCCUGUUGGUUCUUAUAGGAAAGCAGUGGCUCAGUUCUUUCCCCAACUCUUGAUGGCCCUGUUGCUUCAGCUCUUUUACAGCAGCAGACUGAGAAUGGUGACAGAGAACAGGCCCCGCUAUGCCCAGGAUGCCCUGAGAGUUCUGCUGAAUUGCUCCGGGCUACAAGAAGUCGAUGAGGCGCUGAAGAUAAGGAAUUGCUGGGAACAGUUUUUCCAGGAGCUGUUUCACAAUCAUGGAGUCUACCUUGUUGCCAAAACUCUCAGUGAAUAUAACUUUCCACAGUUUCCAGAGACCUUGCAUUAUCUCUACAAGCUCUCAGUGGAAGGUCCUAGAGGAUCAGAAGAUAGUAUCAUCACAGUAAUAUUUCUCACUGAACUGCUGAAUAACUUCCUCAAGGACCCCUUCCCGGAAGAAUUUUUGGUUCUUUUCAGAAACUGGGUCAAUGACUCCAAUUCUACAGUUAGUAAAUUGAGCCUUCAGAAAAUUGCCAGCAUGGCACCAGUUAUCAAUGAGAUAGAAAAUAUCAGAAGCUUAAUAACAGCCAUCCUGAAUGCCUUCCUUUCCAAAGACAUGAGUGUUGUAGCUCGGGCCUUGCUGACCCUUCGAAAACUUUUAGGCAAGCUGGACAAGGUGACCUACUCUUCUCUAUGUACCAGAAUUGCCUCCAGCUACUGCCCUCUGAUGGAUCAUAGUAAAGCAGGCAUUCGGAGCAUGGCCAUUCGACACUUUGGGGAGUUACUCAGAGACAUGAACCAAUACACCUGGAUGCUGCGAGAUAUGAUCUUAACAGGCCUGGUGCCUCUGAUCCUGUUUUUGGAGGAUACAGAGAUAAAAGUAGUUAAAGCAUGUAAAUUUACAUUAGAAAUCUGUGUCUCAGAACUGCAUUGGUCAACAGCACACUUGCUCAAACAAGAACAUUACAACUUUGAGGUGGUGGUUCUCAGCAUCUGUAACAAUCUCCUUAUUUCUCAUAGGAGCUGCAUUGUAGAUUUGAUAUGUGAUACUUUAGGAUUCCUGAGGAGCUCCCGUGUAUAUCUGAGAAAAGCAUCCAUUAUUUUAAUAGGGUACUUGGCAAAAGCUGGUGCCCAUUUACUGUUCAGAGAUGAUAUUCAAGUCAUGCUUAAAGUUGUUGAUGGAGUGCUUUGGGACAAGGACCCUGUGAUCAAGCAGUUGGCACUAAAAACCCACAAGAUCAUUAAGGAAAUACUUCAAAAUACUAAGUCCUCAAAUAUUAAACAAGUCUUCCAAAGAUUGUUUAACUUCAUUUACACCAAGAAACUGAAGCCUCUUCAUUACUAUACUUGUGAAAAAGAAGAUAAUGACAGCUCUGUGGAGAUUAAUGAAAUCAAAAGCGAUAAGGAAGAUCUGACAGAUGCGAAUUAUGACAUAAUGAUUUAGAGGUGUGCUAGUGCCUCGGAGCAUACCUCAAAAGAGAAGUAAUUUUUCUUUCCCCCCGAUAGCUUGAGUCUAUGUAUAGAUGUCUUUUUGAAGGAUGCUAUAGAUUUUACUGAUCCUUCUUAAUUCUCCAUUCACCCGAGAAAUCUGUUUCCUACAUCUGACAGUAGUCAGAAGUCAUACCUCUCAAAUCCACCAAUAAAACUGAAAAAUCUAUAAAGUG